GUUGUGGAUAAGUUACAUGGGUCUGGUAAAUCAGAUAGAGAUGGUUGGAGGACUGAGUUGCCCAUGGCAGGUUUGGGAGUUGAGGUCAUCAAUAAGAUGAAUGAUGAUAAAGAAAAGGAUGUGGCGUGGCAGGGAAAAUGCUCUGGUACCGUCUAUAUUGCAGGAAAUGAAAAGGAAGGGCACUUUUCUGUGGUUAAUGAGGCAUACUCAAUGUUUGCACAUACUAAUCCUCUGCAUCUCGAUGUUUUCCCAAGUGUCGUAAGAUUUGAGGCAGAAGUCGUGAAGAUGACAGCUUCAUUACUUGGAGGUAAGGAAAGUUCUUCAGACAGACAAGUGUGUGGAAAUAUGACGUCAGGAGGGACAGAAAGUAUACUGCUGGCAGUGAAAACAUCACGUGACUAUAUGAAAGCUAUGAAAGGGAUAACUAGUCCUGAAAUGAUUAUACCGGUUUCAGCUCAUUCAGCUUAUGACAAGGCUGCACAAUAUUUCAGAAUAAAAUUGUGGCGUGUACCUGUGGACCAAGAUUUUCGGGCUGAUGUUAAAGCGAUCAGACAACAUAUAAACAGGAAAACAAUAUUGGAUCUUGGUGAGUUAGCUUCCACUUAUGGGAUUUGUCUGCAUGUCGACCUUUGCCUUGGUGGAUUUGUUUUGCCGUUUGCUCGUAAGCUUGGGUAUGUUCCAACUAUUAAAACUGCAGACAAAUCUAACAACCACAACCACGUGCCCUAUCAUGUCCUCUGCCAUGGCCUGAAGGUCUCCCUGAGAUACACCAUACCAUCGUUUGAUUUCUCUGUUAAGGGAGUAACAUCUAUAUCUGUGGAUGUACACAAGUAUGGGCUGGCUCCUAAAGGAACAAGUGUGGUCUUAUAUAGGAAUCGUGACUUACGGAAGGUAAUGCAUUAA